GCAAAGAGUGUAGAAGCCUCGCCCAGUCGACUGUUGGGGAAAUAAAGUAGGCUACAACUCGUCCGUAACACAGAAAGGAAGUAACUUGUACACUGUAGGAAGUAGACUACGCAACAUACUUGUCAAGUCUCGUGCUCGGUGUUCAGUUUGGUGCCCUUUGCGUUUAGAGGAACGUUGUGAGCGGAUCAAAAGUUAACCUGGUUCCGCCGAUAUAAACAAACGUCUCUUCUCUGUGAAGGACAUGAUACUGUUAUAUGUGACCGUUUCCUGCCUCUUGCUUGGUUCAUCUGCUGGUCUCCAGCAUGAAACGGAGUGCUAUGGCAGAAAUUUUGCAUUACCAUCUUCUUAUACACCACCUGUUUUCCGUGGUCAGUUGUACUUCACUCCAAAUGGGGGAUCCAGGAGGCUAAUGAUGGAUAAUGGGGAGGCAAAGGAUCCACGCCUUAAAGUUUCCACUAUUUCAGCUAAAUUAACAGAUUUGACAGAAAAAGAUGCCGGAAUAUUCUCCAUCUCAUUUGAUGAUAAACUUCAGGAUGUCAUCAAACUGGAAAUUUUGGAUUGUGCUGUAGAGGAGACGAGGACUUACGGGGAUAGGUUCUCCUAUCAUAUUCCUAGAGAGGCUGCAUUUUUGGAGUUCACUCCCCUUGACAGUGAGGACCAGCCAAAGGUCCUGUGGAACCACACCGACCCUCAGACCAAUAAGGGAGGCAGGGGACAGGUGAAGGGUAAUGUGUGGGAGAUUAUGAACGUAAAUCAGGGAGACAUGGGCCACUACAACUUCAGAAGAAAAGACAACACUUUGCAGUCGAGGAUACAGCUCACAGUACAAGAGGAACAUAGACACUAUGAUGCAAAGGACGACAAGCAGCUCUUCAUCAAAUAUCCUUCAGGCAAUGUCCCAUGGACUGUUACUUUUACACCUAAAGGGGAAAUGAAAGGAUACACAUUGGUAAAUGCAGGCCAUCUGGUUGAAGAAGAUGACUGGAACAACCCGCUUUCGAAUUUUCGAGGGAGGAUUGAGGUGGUGCAUUAUGGCAUAGAGAUUGAUCCUGUGAAAAUCAAAGACUCUGGCACCUACGAGUUCAGAGACCCGCAAGGUCACCUGGCCCAGACUGCGGAUGUGGUGGUAAACAUUGAACUAGUUCCUGCCAUGAUUUAUGUUAUUGCUGUCGGGGUUUUAUUUGCGGUGAUUGCUUUCUGUUGCUGUGUGAAGAAAUGCUGGUCGAAAAGAAGCUCUUCUAAAAAGGCCAAAUCUACUCGUCAGGCUACAGCUGCACUUGCUGGGUAUUACCAAGAUUCAAAUCAGUCUGGAGGCCAAAUUUACUCUGCUGCGCCUGAUCCCUCUCAUCAGCCACUGAAUUCUCUUGUUUCCAGAGAACCUACAUCUACCUCACCUGAGCCAUCGGUGUACACCCCAGUGAAUAUCCAUGUGAGCUCCCCUCAGCCUGAGGUUGCACCUCUAGGAGGGCAGGGAGAUGAUCCAGCUCCAACACUUGGCUCUGAUUGCCUCUCGUCGGACCCUGAGCCGAGGUUUGAACUGAAAGGACUGCCCUCUGCUCCCCCCCUCAGUUCAGAUGCAACUUUAAGUGAUGUUUACACCUCAGAUAAACUCAACUCUCUGUAAGGAGCCCACAGAAAAUUCAAACGAUGUGGUGUUGUAUUUAGCUUUGUACUGCGUGAUUAGCAGGAACACAGCUAUUUCAGCCCUUGAUUGUACGUCUUGCGUAUACGGAUACAGAAAAUUAAGUUCUUAUAAACCUGCAAAGGUGCACAAAAUAAGUACUAUGUAGAGGAAGAAAAUAUCAUUCACACUAUAUUGACACGUGACCAGACCUAUUGCAGGUUAAAAUGUGGGAUGUCCUCUUUCUUUUAAUAUAAAUACAAACACUAAUGUGGUGUGAUCAAAGAAGUCUGUGGCUAGUACUCCAGGAACUCUUGAUAACCCACAGCAGCAGAGGGUAGGAGUAAUACAGAGACAUAAAUCAAUUUUAGAUCAAUUCCUACAAAUGAUUAAGGUAUUUUUUUUAUCAGUUAAUGAAGAACAAAGUUCAUAGGAGCUCUGUAGCUUUUGCAGAGUUAACUGUCAUAAUCAGGAUUUCUGUUUUAUAUGGAAUAUAAAUGUGUGCUGUAAAUUCAGGUUUUGUAUUGAAUGCAUAGCUCUGCCUUUUUCUUGCUGCCAAGGGUAUCAUAGAUAGGAGAGAUGAUGUUUCUAGAAAACACUCAUGGAGAUCAAAUCACUCCACUCAGCAAUUUACGCCACUGUUACCAGCUUUACUUGUAUAGUAUUUUUAUAUGGUUGUUUCAGAGUGAUAUCAUGUGCCUUCAGCCUUUUAUAUCAGAGUGUCUGUGUGUUUUUUAUCAUUUCAUUCUAAGAAAUUAUAUGUGAUUUUUUUUAUUUUUUUAUGCUCUGUACAGAUUACAAUAAAAAUGAAAUUGUAGUAAAACUAGAA